UCAUCCAUCGACGAGCCUUCAUCUGUAUAUAAUUCUUAUCUAUCUAUAACAUCAAGUAUGGCAAGCGAAGUUGCUGAGCACAAGUAUCAACUUAAUGUCAAGAUGACUUGUGGGGGUUGUUCUGGAGCUGUUACUCGUGUACUGACCAAGGCGCAGCAAGAAGGAUCGGUUUCAAGUUUUAAUGUCGACUUGGGGACGCAGCUCGUGAACGUCACAGGUCCUAUCGAAGAAUCCGCUCUGGUAGAGAAGAUUCGGAAGACGGGUAAGCAGAUUAUCUCGGUUACGUCUCUGGAUGACUCGGUGGCCGAAGUGGCAGCGGUUUGAGUAAUCACAGGAGGUGUUUCAUGCCCGUUACUUAUUUUUGUCUUAUUACCCUGGUGAUUAUUAUAUAUAGAGGUUUGUCCGUCACGUGGCAAGGUGAAACGGAAGUUACUGGGUGAACUA